CAAACACCAACCACAAUCCAACCAUCAUGAAGAAGUCCACGACAGCGCGGAGAGUGCCGCGCAGAAUUGGAGGAGACGACGAGGAUGACGACAAGUCGGAGUCCUCUGCGCAAAUCUCAGUGCGCGCAGAGAUCAAGCGACCGCUGUUCAAACCUCGAAAAUCGACCUCUUCUCGCAAAUCGCUAGGCCUUACUCCUCUGGAUCACGACGAGGAAGAGGAUUCGGCCGAAUCGGUCGUGACACCGAAGCGUGCGGGCCUGUCGCGCGUAGCUAUACAGCGCAAUGCCUCGAAGCGAUCUUCGUUACUGGCAUCUCAACUACCACGAAGGUCUCCUGGAGAGGAGGACGACGAUGACCGGCCAAAGUAUAGCGCUGAUGCGUUGCUCGAAUUGAGGGACAGCACACCCGCUACGCCCAAGGAGUUUGGUACGGUGGAAGAUGUCGCAGCAGGAACACAGGCGCUGGAUCUUUCUGCGAAAUUCGGAGCUUCCCUUGUACGAUAUGAUCACUUAUCUGGACAGUCAUCGGCAAUUCCUUCUGCGACUGAGAUUGCAGAAAAGAAAGCUCGACGAGCACGUUUAGCCAGGGAAGAAGCGGCUGAGUACAUCUCUCUGGAUCCUGAUGAUCCAAACCUCGACGACGAUGACGGAGAUCUCGACGAGAAUGUCAUGCGCAACGAGAGAGGCCAGCUUGUUCUCAAACCCAAAGAAGACAAGUAUGGUCUCUCGGAAAGCAGGCUCGUGCACGAGGACGAAGACAUUAUGGAGAAUUUUGACGAAUUCACCGAAGAUGGGAAGAUCUCUCUGGGGAAAAAAGCCGAAGCUGAAGCCGCACGGAAGAGAAAACAGGAUAUGGCAGCGCAAAUUGCCGAAGCUGAAGGCGCAUCAGAUGCAGAAGAUUCCGACGAUAGUGAACGUGCCCGAACCGAUGCCUUCGUGGCAAACCAAACUCGCCAUGGGAUAUACAAUAAUCCGCAUUCCACCACUACUCCUGCCGCAGCUCUCGACCUAACCGCCCACAGACCAAAAACCCCUCCCAUCAUCACCCCUCUGCCCACUGUCACCAUUGUCGCGCAACGAUUAGAAGCACAGCUCACCAGUAUGCAAGCUGCGCGCACACAGAAAUUGCAAGAGAUGCGAAGAUUGCAGCGCGAGAAAAUCGAUUUGGCAGAACAGGAAGUUCGAAUCCAGCAGGCGCUUAAAGAAACUGCGGAGAAAUUUUCUCAUCUGCGAAAGGAAAAAGGUAUAGGAGAGGUAGUCGAUCUGGACUUGGUUGUUCCGAAAAGUAGUGAGCAGCGAUAUCUUACUAUUGAGGAGGCGGCGGUGGCGGCGACGCCGCCGCCUGGUGAGGCGGUGGAGAGAGGCGGUGAAGCGCUGGAGAAGGAUAUGGAAAAUAUGGAAGAUGAGGAGGGGGAAGAGAAAGAGAGACAAGAAGAAGAGGAGGUGGACGUGGACGUGGAAGAAGAAGAGGAUGACCGCGCUGCUUUUGGCGGCCUGGGUCUUGGUGGUGCUGGGAGACCGAAUCUUGCAGGGUUUGGCUUGGGAUAUCCCAAUGUCAGAGAUGACGAAGAUGAGAGAUAG